GGAAAGCAAUAAAGGGAACUUUUCACGGUGGCGUAAGGGAUACGGUUGAAGAAGUUUUUUGGCAGCCUAUAAAUACCCCCCAUUUCCUCUAUUUUCAGUACCAUCAACCCCAACCAUUCCUCUAACAUCAUCUCAAUCGUCACAACCCUCACCCUUUCUACUCUCUUCGCAACUCACACUCUCAGAUAAGUGCUUCUGCGUGUCUUUUGUGCAAAAGAUGUCAACUUGUACGAGCAAGAAAAUCCAAUUACAUAAGUCUCGGAGAAUAGACGAAGAGACUCUUCUGGUGCAGAAGCAGGGCAUUGUCACCAUUUUGGGAUCUAACAACGAUUCUGUCACUUCUUUUCGACGCACUCUAUCCGCAGACAUGUCUUCCAAGAAAUGGCUUUCUCAAAAUGGGUUUUCUCCCAUGAAAAAGAUCAAUUCCGCAGAAGAAAUCUCUCGCUCAUUCACAGAACCCACUGUUGCUGCUGACUCGUCAUCUUCUUCAGAAGAUGACAACAGCGAAGAAAUGAAACAAAGCCGGUGCCAAAUUUGGGAGGCGAUUCAAAAGAAGGAGAAUGUGGAGAAAUCGGGAGAGUUAGACUUAUGGAGUUCGAUUUUGUCGAAGAAAGCCAACGAAGAAAGCUCCAAAUUAACAAUCCCUCCUUACGUUCAUCCACUUGUGAAAAGGUCAAAGAGCUGUCUGAGUGAAAAGAGUCUCCAGAUAUGCACGGAGAGUCUGGGAUCCGAAACUGGCUCAGAUGGGUUUUCUUCUUAUUCACCAUCUGAGACAGAGGAUUCGGAGGAAGAGAAGGAAGAAAAAGGAGAGGAAGAAAAAGAGAAAGUGGAACUUUCACACGGGGAAGAGUUUCACGUGCCAAAACAAAACCAUGCUGUGAAAAUAACUUCUCGUUCUUUUCCUCCGCCACUCCCUUCACUUCGCAUGCGAUCCCACCGUGACAACGGAAGGUUGUUCAUACAAGCUGUGUCUGUUCCUUCUCAGAACAAUUUUUCUGCCGAACGACAAAAUGGUCGUCUUGUCCUCACUUUUGCUGAAAUGUCUGAAGAAGAAGCAGAAGAAGAGUUUGAGGAAGGUCGUGUGGAGGCAGAGGAGUUUGAGAGUCGUGUGAAGGAGCAAGAAAAUGCACCCAUGUUGUUGUCUAGUGGGAUUGGGUUAGCAGUAAUGAUGAACAAACCAAGUGGAGUAGAUGAUUCUUAUAGAAGUCCAAAAUGGUCGGAGAAGUUCAACGAUGUGGUCAAUUUUAAGGAUGUUGAUGUGGCACAACAUGGUCCUCUGCCACCAAGGCCAAGGGCUCGGAUUGUUCCCUCGUCUUCGGGUGCUUUCAGUGCUUAUGAAUACUAUUGCAAAACCAAGCCCACCCCAAAACCUUCUCCUAAAACAUUUACCUUUCACCGCAACAGUUACUCUUCCUUAGAGAACAACUUCAACAGUUGCAAGGAUUCUAAGAGGUCUUUUCUCUUCUGGGAACCUUAUUGCAUUGCUACUUGACCUCAGAUCCUGUUUUCGUCUAAUUUCUAAUUCAAAACUUGUUAUUCAACCCAAAUACUGUUUGCUGCUGUAGCAUUUUCUCUCCACCUAGCUCCACUCGUUGGAUGGUGAGAGAGUUUUAAUACUUUUGUUUGUAAUUGUAAGAUCAGAGAAAAAAAAAAUUCUUGGGACAGUUUCAUGAAUUAUAUUUAUGUUGUCUGUGCUAUCAAACAAUUACGUAAUCAAAGUUUUUCUUUGACCAUCUCCACUGUCUCGUCUUCUUUA